UCUCUCUUCCUCAGCUGUACGUUUUCUGAGUCAGCACUAGUUUUGUUUUCCAGGCUGCCCCCUAGCUUUUUUGGGGGGGUGUCAUGCGUUUCCACUUAGUGCCCUUGACCUGUGGGAUGGCUUUUGAGCUCAGCAACAAGUUCGUUCCUGCCUGCGGUGGAGCACAGUGGCCGUUCAGCAGUUCUCAAGAGAGGACCUCAUUCGGAGAUCACAAGGUGCGCAAGGCGUCACAUUUUCAACACUGCAGGGUGGGAAGGAAGCAACCUGGCUUGAAUCUCGACACCUGCUGUUCCCGAGGAUGGCAUCUCAUGUUGGAGUUACAAUCUUCUUUUUCUCAACCUGGAUUGCAAGCGUCACAACCCAGCACAAUUUUCCUUUGGAAGAUGUUAAGACUCUCCAGUGCAGGAUUUCUGGAAUAACUCUUGCUUCACAUGUUAACAAUAAAGGUGUAUUUAAUUUUGUCACUGCACGACAAAUAUGCGAGCAGCUGGGGUUACAGUUGGCAUAUAAAUCUCAGGUUGAAGAGGCUCGGAAGCAUGGCUUUGAAACCUGCAGUUUUGGCUGGAUACAAGAAGGGUAUGUUGUCAUUUCCCGGAUAACUCCCAAUGAAAAAUGUGGUAGGAAUAACACUGGAAUAGUCAUCUGGAGAACCAAACAUGACUAUCGAGCCCAUGCUUACUGUUACAAUUCUUCAGACACAUGGAUUAAUUCCUGCAUACCAGAAGAAAGUACAACUGCAUCCCUGGACGUUACUAUGGAGGCAAACUCUACUUCUGCAGUCUUGCCUCAGGACACUUCAGCAGUAGUUCAAACAUCUGAGUCACAGAAAACUAAAGAGCCUUCAAAGCUGCUAUAUCGUAUUAUAUGUGUAACGCAGACCAUUUCACCAACAGCACCAACUACGGAGGAUGUGAUCCUACAUCUCACGGCAAAACAAACUGCCUUUAGAAAUGAUUCUCUGUUUGGAGGUGUACCCACUGCCCUCCUUGUGCUCGCCCUCAUCUUCUUCACAGCAACAGUUGUUUUAGCAGUCUGCUAUGUCAAAAAAUACAAGAAAACAUUUCCAUUUUCCAACAAGGAGGAGAAAAAGGUAGAAAUUGAAACCAAGAACAUCAAAGAAACAAAGACAAGUGUCAAAACUCCAGAGCAGGAACCCAAGGGAAACGGGAAAAACACAGAAGAAUCUCAAGCCAAGCCUGAACCACGGGUAAAAUGUUUGGAAGCAGAAGUUUAAGAAAUGGCAUCCAAAUGGACAUAUCUUAGAUGAACAAAUGACAGAUAUUAGCAAAUUGUUUAUAAAUGGAUGGUUGUAAAUACUGCCAAAGUCAAUAUUUUUGUCUCUCUAUGCAAUUUGUACUUUAUGCAUAUCAGCUAUACCAUGUCAUUACAAAAAUAUGCCUAGUUCAUUACAGAAUUCCAUAAAUGGAAGGGUUAAUGUGGAGAGAAGAGAAAAGAUCUGAUUCACAUGGGAAAAUGUGGCACAAGCUUUGUAACUAUGAAAUGUUGUAUCCAACUUUUCAGAUAAAAUUGUACUAUACACUUCCCUAUAGGAAUCACUUUAAGCAGGCAGUCUUCUCUCUCUCCCCCCCCCCCUCUCUCUAUUUAAACCAAAGACAAUUAUAACAGAGCAAUCAUCUGCAUGACAUUCUGAGGUAUGUUCCAUCCUCUUCUAUAGAGUUUUUUCUGCAGCAACUGUGUUUAGGAUUAAAGCAUAAUAUAUCUCUCCAAAAAAAUAUGUUGCCAUUGUCACAUUCAUUAUCAUACUACGGUAUACCAUUUUAUUUAUUAAGAUUGCUCUGAAAAGGCAAUAUAAUUAUUUCUAUACAACUUCCAGGGAGAUAUAUUUGGAUACAAUCUUUUGAAACAACACGAUUGGUUUCUAAUUGAUAUGGAAGGUUUUUCCAUCUUAAUAAAAAAAAUUGCAGAAAU